GUCUCAUCUCAAGCACAAGCUUCACUAUAUGCCAUCCUUUGUUUUCUCCAUUGAAGGGUACUUCCACCAUUGCCAUAAAGCUGUUCCUUAUGCAAAUAACUUCUAAAAUUGAAGCCACCCUUUUCUUCUAAACUCAUUAUCUCCCCUGCCUUUCUUCUACAAACACUCUUAUUUUCUCCCUCUCUUCCUUUUCUGGUACUACAAAUUAAAACUCUCUCCUCUCCCACUUGUCUACUACUGUCACUAUGCCUUCAAGACUCACUGAUGCCUUUAGAGCCCACCCAGUCCAUCUCCAUCACAAGCACCUCCUUGACUUUACCUCCUUCCAAGAACUACCUGACUCCUACAAAUGGACUCAACUCGACGACCACGCUCACUGCCCUCCCGGCGGUGACUCAUUCGUGGCCGAAUCUGUUCCGGUUAUCGAUCUUUCUGACCCCAAUGCCCUUAAAAAGAUUGGCCAUGCAUGCAAAACUUGGGGUGUGUUUCAAGUCACAAACCAUGGUGUUCCUUCUACCCUUCUUGAUAUAACUGAGAAAGCUAGUAUGAGUCUUUUCUCUUUACCCAUCCAGCAAAAGCUGAAAGCAGCUAGAUUACCUGAUGGAGUUUCGGGCUAUGGUGUUGCAAGAAUUGCUUCAUUCUUCUCAAAGCUUAUGUGGUCUGAAGGAUUCACCGUAGCUGGGUCUCCGCUAGAGCAUUUUCGCCAACUUUGGCCUCAAGAUUACUCUAAAUUCUGCGAUAUAAUUGAAGAAUACCAGUUGGAGAUGCAAAAGUUGGCUGCAAGGUUGAUGUGGUUAACGCUGGGCUCCCUCGGCAUAACCAGAGAAGACAUCAAAUGGGCUGGCCCAAAAAGUGACUUCAAAGAGACUUCUGCUGCUUUACAAUUCAAUUACUACCCGGCUUGCCCGGACCCAGAUAGGGCCAUGGGUCUUGCUGCUCAUACCGACUCAACUCUACUGACCAUCCUCUACCAAAACAGUACUAGUGGUCUGCAGGUUCUCAGAGAGGGAACCGGGUGGGUCACUGUUCCACCAAUUCCGGGUGGGCUUGUAAUCAAUGUAGGGGACCUUCUUCACAUCUUAUCAAACGGAUUGUACCCGAGUGUGCUCCACCGUGCGGUGGUUAACCGGACCAAACAUCGGUUGUCUAUGGCUUAUCUAUAUGGGCCACCACCAAGCGUUAAAAUUUCACCCUUAUCCAAACUAGUAGGCCCAAGUCAACCACCCCUGUACCGGCCAGUGACUUGGAAUGAGUACCUCGGCACUAAAGCUAAGCACUUCAACAAAGCACUAUCUUCCGUUAGGGUAUGUGCUCCACUAAACGGAUUUGUUGAUGUAAAUGACCAUAAUAACAGGGUAAAAGUAGGCUAGCUUGCUAGCUAGAUACUAGACAGGGACUAAUAAUUAAUCUCUUGCUGUAAUUCAUCCAAUUUUGUCUUCUUGUUUAAUUCCUUUUCCAAUAUUUUGAUUGGCUGGCCAUGCCAUGUUAUGGAGAUUCUAAUUGAUUGGAGUAUCAUAUAUUUUUGGGUUAUUAU